CGUGGGCGGGGCGUCUGGGGAGCGCCAGGCCAUGCAGGCCCACGUGUCUAUUAUCCUCCCAGUCCACAACGCUGAACCAUGGCUGGACGAAUGUUUGAGGUCUGUUUCGCAGCAGGACUUUGAAGGCACCAUGGAGCUCUCUGUUUUCAACGAUGCCAGUAAGGACAAGUCUGGGGCUAUCAUUGAAAAGUGGCGAGUGAAACUGGAAGAUUCCGGGGUCCACGUGAUCAUUGGGGGGCACAAUUCUCCUUCUCCCCGAGGCGUUGGAUACUCUAAGAAUCAAGCCGUUGCCCAGAGUUCAGGGUCUUACCUUUGCUUUUUGGAUUCGGACGACGUGAUGAUGCCCCAGCGGGUGAGGCUGCAACACGAGGCUGCCGUCCAGCACCCGCGCAGCAUCGUCGGUUGCCAAGUGAGGAGAGAUCCCCCCGACUCCACUGAACGAUACACACGUUGGAUCAACCAGCUGACGCCCACGCAGCUCCUCACCCAGGUUUUCACCUCGAAUGGCCCGACGGUGAUCAUGCCCACCUGGUUCUGCUCUCGUGCGUGGUUUUCCCACGUGGGCCCCUUUGACGAGGGAGGUCGGGGCGUCCCCGAGGACCUGCUGUUCUUCUACGAGCACCUCAGGAAGGGCGGCAGCGUCAUCCGCGUGGACCAGACUCUCCUGCUCUACCGCUACCACCUGCAGGCGGCCACACACUCCGUCCGCGAGGCGACCAUCUGGAGCCACCGUGUCUGCUUCCUGGAAGAGCGGGCCCUGCCCCACUGGGCAGCCUUCACCAUCUGGAACGCCGGCAAGCAGGGGCGCCGGCUCUACCGCAGCCUGACGGCCGCCAACCAGCGCAAGGUGGUGGCAUUCUGUGACGUGGACGAGAACAAAAUCAGGAAAGGCUUCUACUGCCACGAGGACUCCCAGACUCAGUGGCUGUGCACACCCCGAGGGCAUCUCUCCUGGGAUGGCAGGACUGAUGGCCACUCUUACUCUAAGGAAAGGCCCAAGCCCCGCAUCCCCAUCCUGCACUUCCGAGCCGCCCGGCCACCCUUCAUCAUCUGCGUGAAGCUGGACCUCACAGGAGGAGCCUUUGAGGACAACCUGAGGUCGCUGCACUUGCAGGAGGGCCAGGACUUCCUUCACUUCAGCUGACAGACCCACGGCAGCUGCUCCCAGUGCAUCCCAGGCUAGCAGGAGCCUCGUGAGCUGCAGGCACGGCGAUGGUGCACCCACUCUGCACUUGGCAAGUGCAACCGCGGAGUCUCGUGUGUGCUGACCACAGAAGCCAAGCCUUUUCCACCGUGUUGACUCGUGGCCAAGGCUGGGCCUGGUCACCUAGGAUGCUCAGCCAAUUAAGGGGACAGAAAACAACUCCCCACUUAGUUUGAGAAGGACGACUAUUUUAAGAUUUGAAUAAAAUGUUGGGAUAAAGAUUAUUGGCUAGCAGGUCGAGUACAGGGGCAGUAGUAUGCUAACUCUCACACUCCUGUGUGGCCAAGUCACCACAUACAUCCUGCAUGGAUGGUCACAGUCCUGGCCUUGUGGUCAUGAUGGCCUCAAGGAUGUGGGCGGCAUCUCCCAGUUCUGGACCUGCCCCCAUCCUGUGCCCAGGCCCCAUCCCCCACAUGAGACAGCAGGCCGGGGAGCUAACCCUGUCUACACCAUGUACCCAGCACCCCUGGGCUCUUCACCCAAGUCCUCCCCUUGGGCCUCUGAGUGACCACACCUGGGGCUUCCUCGGUGCUGCUGGGGGUGGCUCUGCACCUCAAGCCCUGUGAGCACAGCACAGGCCCUGGGUAGACAGCUGUGGGUAGCUAGCACUGUGAAAUCUGCACAUAUGUUCCCCUCACCAGCUUUGGGACGGACCAGCACGAGCUCAGACACAGAGACGAAGGCCACCUCUGCACUGGCUCUAGCAAGACGGUGCCAUUUUUUUGAGAAGGGUAUUUCCCACAUUAUUGUAGAGGUACACACACUGGAUUCUGAUGAUUCCCCCUGCAGCAGACAUUUGUGAAGCAACUGGUCUGCACGCUGUCUAAGUGACGCCUGCACCAUGUGCCCCAUGCCCACGUGUGGGCAGGUGGGAGGACUGCACCCCAACAGGGCUUGUCGGGCCUCUGGCAUCUGGACCCCUGACUUAUCAACAUUAAUCUCGCUCAGUGUAAACAUCUGCACCUCCACAGCAGAGACUGGUUGGAGCACCGCCUAUGGCCAGCAGACCCCACAGCAGGGGCCACACAGGCGAGAUGGGAGCCUGGUCUCCAGGCAGGAGGAGUAGAGCCCACGUCCUGUCUGGCUGACGCCCAGGCAGUGAGCCUCUGCAUCACCCUACACGCAUCAGGCUCAGAGACAAAGGCAGGAACUUCUUAGUACAUGAUUUUAUAGGAAGCACAUUUGUGUUCAAGAAAAGGCAGAAACAGUGACACCCCAAGUCACUACAGUGCAGGUGCAGAGGAGGAAAAGCCAUCACCUGGUGACGGCCUCCAAGGGCCAGCGCUACCCUUCCGCAGCUGGAGAGCUGGAGGCACCACUGGGCCAGGCUCCCUGCACCGGGCUCCCCCAGGAACGAGAUAUCCCCACCAGGCAGGGUGAGUGCAGGCUCCAGGACUGGCUUCAGCAGGCACCAGGCUGCAGAAGAGACAAGAUGGGGUCAGGCCGGUCAGUUCCAUCACCCACCGCUCCCAGCCAGGGACCCUCGCCCCUCGGCACCCCAUGCGGGGACUGACGCCAACACUGGGUUCCUGCUGGAAACUGCGUCUGUGCCGUUCCCCGCACACCCGGGAGCCCCAGCUGUGUGGCCGGCAGGUGCUCUUGACUAACGCGCUGCCCGAGGGCACCCUGUCUGCGGAUGCAGUCUCUGAGGAGCGAGCAGAAGGGAGGUUUACCGCGCUCUCCUAACCUGUGCUCACGCAUGUUUGACAUCUGUCCCAAUAACAAUGUAAAAAGCACAUUUAAUUCCAA